AUGAUUUUCUCUGACUUCAAAGAGGAUUUCCAGGACGAGCAUAUCUUCGAUGCUCUAGAAGGCGUCAGCCCGGAGAUUGUUGAACAUCACAAGGACUUCGAACUCUAUCGCAAUCUCAGAGACAACGGCAGGACAGUGCUGAAGAGCAAUGAGCUCAGUGGUUCAGCUACUGAAGACACACAAUGGCAUGGCAAAACUGAGAACCCAGGUUGGAAACUCGACAAAUGGAAGUUUUUGCCGAUGAUCAACAAGACUUACCACGAACAUCCCGACAAGAAUUGGUAUGUCUUUGUGGAAGCAGAUAGCUACAUACUGUGGGCAUCCAUGUUGGAGUAUCUGGCCGUACUGGAUCCAUCCAAACCACAUUACACAGGAAGCAUCAUGUUCAUUGGUGACACAGUUUUUGCGCACGGUGGCUCUGGCUUCAUGGUAUCGCAGCCGGCUAUGCGUAUGGUAGUGGAGCAGUAUGCCGCGCACAAGGCUGAGAUUGAAGCUUAUACUGAUGGCCACUGGGCUGGUGAUUGCGUACUGGGCAAAGUGUUCACAGAGGCUGGUGUGAAGUUCACUGACGCCUGGCCCAUCAUGCAAGGAGACUACCCAGGACUCGUUGCUUAUGCGCGUCCAGAUGGACGUCCGAUAGCAGAUCCCAAGAAGCGUGUAUGGUGUUAUCCUACGGUUUCCUAUCACCAUGUAUCACCCGAUAUGAUUGACGACCUCUGGAACUACGAGCAACAUUGGCUUGAUCAUAAGCCCGAAGGAACCCGCUUUCUCCGCCACAAGGACAUUUUCCAUCAGUAUGUUCGGCCCAGGAUGUCUGCGGGUCUAUCUGACUGGGACAACGAGAGUGACGGUGAAGAGACCGUUGUUGGGACAUUUGAGGAGUGCAAGUCAAAAUGUGUAGAAGCAACGGAGUGCAGACAAUUUUCAUACAGCGAAGAUGGACAUUGCAAGAAUCGUGAGGAUCCAAGAUUGGGGAAGGCCACACCAGGGGUAAGAUCAGGUUGGCUGCAAGAUCGGAUUGAACGCUUUGAGCAAGACAUGGCACCGUGCGGAGAUGAGAGUUGGAUGGUGUAG